ACAUCAACGAUGAUUAUCGGCGCGAUUAGCUUAGCCGCUGUGUGUUACCGACCAUUCCAAUCAUCAGUGUCCCUCUCCUCUCCCUGCGCCGGAUAGCUCGCCGCCGCCGGUCCACACGCCUACCUCGCCCGUCAUGGCCGCCGCUGCCGCCCGAUGCGUCCCGCUCCCGGCGUCCCCGCCGGCACCAGCCUCGCCGGAGACGGCUAAGGUUCCUGCCUCCAUCCCGACCUCCUCGGCCGCCUCUGCUUCUCCUCCUCUCCGCGCCGCCGUCGCCCCGAGCUCCGGCCGCCACCAACUGGCGCCGCCGCUCCGGUGCUCCUCUUCGUCGUCCGAGAGCCCGGCACCGCCGAACCUCGGCUUGCUUGUGGAGGUGGAAGGAGUUCUAGCAGAUGUCUACCGUUUUGGCAAUCGACAAGCUUUCAAUGUAGCAUUUCAAAGUCUCGGGCUAGAUUGUGCAAAUUGGACAGAGCCAAUAUAUGCUGAUUUGGUCAGGAAAGCUCAUGGUGAUGAGAAAAGGAUGCUGGUAUUAUUCUUUGACGGGAUUGGCUGGCCUACAUCUUUGCCAACUAGUGAGAAAGGAUCAUUUAUGAAAAGUGUUCUUCGUGAAAAGUUGAAAGCUUUGGAAGAGUUCUCAGCUUCUGAUAGCUUACCACUACGGCCUGGAGUCGAAAAGUUCAUUGAUGAUGCACUUAGUGAGGGUGUCCCUGUGGCCAUAUUGGCUGCAUAUGGGAGAAAUGGAGAAAAGAUUUCAAGAUCUAUAGUUAAAAAGUUGGGUCCUGAAAGAACAUCAAAAAUUAAGAUUGUUGGAAAAAGUGAGGUUGAAGGAAGCUUCUAUGGGCAACUUGUUCUUGGUAAAGGUGUCACAUCCAGUUUGGAUGAACAACUUAUCAAGGAAGCCCAAAAGGCUGCUUCCGCAGAGAAGCAGAGGAUUGCAGAAGAGGUUGCAUCGAUCCUAAAGCUUAGCGUUGACAUCACAACAUCUGAAAGCUCUGAGAAGGUAAUAGCAGCUCUGCGAGCGGGGUCUGAAUAUGUUGGGUGUGACGUGCAAAACUGCAUUCUUGUUGCGGGCAGCCAAUCUGGCGUCCUCGCAGCUGAGCGCAUUGGCAUGCCAUGUGUAGUUGUUCGAUGCAGCUUUACUGCCAGAGCAGAAUUUCCCUCCGCGAAGGCUGUCAUGGAUGGAUUCGGCGGUACAGACUUAACUGUGUCAAAACUACUGAGCAAGAAAUGGUCUUAAAAAUGUAUCAACUAUCAAAACUAAGGAUGGAUUGGGGACUGUGAUGAAUUCGUAAUUGAUCAAGUGCUGACCAAAGCGCUUUAUGUAAACAUGAGAUGUUGCUGAGGAAAGCUGUGAAGCACAAAUAGUUGUUGUUUGAACAAUUGAGCAAUAAUGUGAAUGAGCAGUUCAAGUAUUCAAUAAACUGUCAGAUUUGGUCUGUGA